UGAAGAGUGAUGUAUGUCGCCGAGUGUACCUACCUCGUUUCUUGUAGUGGCUACUCCAAGCUUCCUCUGGAGUAACACCACGGUUCGGAGGACCAGUGGGGGCACAUGGGCUUUGAAGUAGGUUCCACCCGGAUCUCUGAUAGUAGAACAGUCGAGGAUCAUGAAAACAUGACAGCCCACCAAAACCACCAUGAGCUCAACAGAAAGCUGGAAUCUGCCUUUGACAGUUGUGCAUACAAUGUUGUCUACAAGUAUAGCUGUACUAGUAAAUUGAUUCUAAUCAAUCUACAUCUUGAUACUUGACAACCACUGUCUCUAAACAAGCCACAACACCAACACCAAACGAAUACCGCGAAAACGCAAACUCUCUAAGGGGAAUAACAAAAAAAAAAAAAAAAAAAAAAAAAAAAAAAAAAAAAAAAAAAAAAGGGCACUAUGCCAACCGGAGACGCGGACUCCAACCCUCGGCAGCCUGGCGUCUCACUCCGGGAACGUCGCCGGCCCUCGACCGCCUCGAUCGCUUCCGCCUCCAGAGUCUUUUCCUCCGCCGCCGACUCCCUUUUGGAAAGCGCCAAGGAUGUCGAACACCGGAUCGAGGACGCCCUGCUGGUGCUGUGGGAUGAACUCCCCCACUGGCGCCGCGAUAACCACUUCAUCCACUCGGGCUACCGCCGCACCUCCAACAGCUUUCAGAAAUCCUUCUGGUCCAUCUUCUACCUGCACAAUGAGUUUGUCAACAUCUGGACUCAUCUCCUAGGCGCUAUCUCGUUCACCUUUGGCGGCUUCUUUCUCUACAAUGCCGUUGCCCCAAGAUAUGCGUCCGCCUCCGAGUCGGACGUCCUCGUCUUCACCUGUUUCUUCUUGGGCGCUUUCUGCUGCCUGGGUAUGAGCGCUACGUACCAUACCCUGUCCAACCACAGCCCCGAGGUGGCCAAGUGGGGAAACAAGCUGGAUUACACUGGAAUCGUCUUUCUCAUUGUCGGGAGCUAUGUGCCAACCAUGUACUAUGGCUUCUUUUGCUAUCCUGCCUUGUUGACUUUUUACCUGAGCAUGAUCUGUCUCUUGGGUCUUGGGUGCAUCACCAUCUCCUGGUUUGAACACUUUCGCACUCCCGCCUGGCGCCCUUACCGUGCCAUGAUGUUCGUCGGUCUCGGCGCAUCCGGAGUCGUCCCCAUCUUGCACGCCUUGACCUUCACCUCCUUCACCCAACUAGAUGAGCUCAUGGGACUCAGAUGGGUCAUGCUUCAAGGAGCCAUGUAUAUCUUCGGCGCCCUCCUGUAUGCUGUUCGAUGGCCUGAAUGUCGGUAUCCCGGUCGUUUUGACAUUUGGGGUAGCUCCCAUCAGAUCUUCCAUGUGUUUGUCGUUCUGGCGGCAGCCACUCAUUUACAUGGUAUGGCCAAGGCUUUCGACUACCAUCACGCCGUCUUGGGAGGCACCUGCUGAGACCUGAUACAAGUACUAUGGCAUGUUGACUGCAUACUAGAAGGUAGAGUGUGUGGAGAUAGAUAGACAGAUAGAUAAAUAGAUCGAUGGAUGGAUGGAUAAAGUGAUUGACUUAAUCAUUUUUUUUCGAAACUGAUGCUGCUCGGGGC